GGACCUUUAUUUUCUCUUUUAUUUUUUCUCUGAGAUACGUUACAAAUGGCUUGUAGAUCUACUGGAUUUUAUUCUGUUCUCCGGAGGUGUCGUCUGCUCAAGUUUUAUUUUCUUAAAUUUUUUUAGAACUUUAAAAAAAAACUCAGUCUCUACGCACUUGGACCCAUUUGGAAUAUUUCCUUUUUCUUUCUUAUUCUUGAGCAUCUGCUGAGUUGUUACGAGAGAAUAGAUGUUGAAAAAAUUAGUUGAGCCGUAGUGUUUUUGCGCUAUAAACAUUCUUUGAUCUAAUUUAAUCAAUUUUGCUUAAGUUUUUGUCGGUGAAUUAAAUCCGGAGAAAGGAAUGAGUAGGAACCUUUUUUUUAACCCCUGGAGUAAGGUAAAUUACUCCAAAUUUAGUGCAUAGUGUCUGGUUAUUUCUUGUUUUGAGUCUUUUCCUGCCAUUGUUGGGAUUCUUUUGGUCUCUUGUUUUUGUAUCCAUGAUGUCUUUAUGUUCAAUUCUGCUUAAUUAGACUGAAACUGCUGUAAUGGCUGGACUAAUUUUAUCAGCGUUGACUUGAAAAAGUUUCUUUUUCAAACUUGGCUGGUUUGGCUACUGAAUUUGUAUUGGAGCUAGACAUAUAUUUCAAAAUUAAGGCUUCAAUGUUGUGCUUAGGCAGGUAAUCAUGCAGGGAAAUUUGUAAUACGUCGACCACAGUAGUUUUAGGAUUCUUAGGCUGAAUAAUUUUUAGACAGUCAACCGUAAAGUAAUUUGAAUUCUAUCUUUCAACUUGAAAAACUGUUCUCCACAGUUUGUGUUGUUGUAGGCCUAAAUACCAAUUUAUGGAUUUCACUAUUUACAUCUUGGAUCUUUAGGGCAGUUAUGUAUGAGAAGGUUUGUUCUCUGUUUGUUUUGUAUCUUUAUUACAUCAUGAAGUGGUGGAUCUGUUUUGGUGGUUUUAUGUCUACUUAAUUGCCAGGUUUCUCGCAGAUAGGACUUAUCAAUAUCUAUCUUUUGAAUCUAAGUUGUACAAACUAACCAAUUGCUUUCUACCUAGGGGCAGUUUUUGCUUAAUACGACUAAUAUAAAUGGUUUUGAUGCUUGUAGGUAGUAAAACAUUUGCCAAAGAAGAAGUCCCAAAUAUUAGAUUUUUUGUACAGGCUAGAAGCGGUAAAACCAUUUUAUGGUUUGCAUUGUAUUGACAUAAAGGGGUAUCGAAGACUGCUACUUUUGCUUAAUGUUGAAUUUUGCAUACAAGUUCCGUGAAGGAUUACAAUAUUUCAAAAAUAUAUCGGACAUUAGUGGGCAUAAUUCCAUUCAUCCACCGCGCGAUCUCCUCCUAGUAGGAGAACGAAUGCGCAUAGUGGAAGAGAUCACUUUGUUUGAGGAUUCCUAGAUCUGUUGGAGUAUAAGGAUUGUCAACAAGGGCAUUAUUUUCAACAAAAAUAAUGGCAGAUUACCAUUUUGUGUACAAGGAUCUGGAAGGUGCCUCGACGCAAUGGGACGAUAUCCAGAGAAAAUUAGGGAACCUUCCUCCCAAAGCCCCUGCUUUCAAGCCCCCUUCUUUCACCCCAGCCGAAGACCCCGACUCAAAGCCCAAAGACAAGGCCUGGGUCGAUGACAAGACCGAAGAAGAACUUGAAGACCUUGAAGAUGAUCUUGACGAUGAUCGCUUCCUCCAAGAAUACAGGAAGAAGAGGUUGGCAGAGAUGAGAGAAUUAGCCAAAAUUGCGAGGUUUGGGUCAGUGAUGCCGAUUUCUGGAUCUGAUUUUGUGCGAGAAGUUUCACAAGCACCAGCAGAUGUUUGGGUUGUGGUGGUUCUUUACAAGGACGGACACGCCGAUUGUGAGCUUCUUUUGCAAUGUUUGGAAGAACUGGCUCAAAGAUAUCCGGCAACCAAGUUUGUGAAAAUUAUAUCUACUGACUGCAUUCCUAACUAUCCUGAUCAAAAUAUUCCAACUCUUUUGGUGUACAACAACAGUGCAGUCAAAGCAAACUAUGUGGGUCUCCGUAGCUUUGGUCGGAAAUGCACACCUGAAGGUGUUGCAUUAGUUCUCUGUCAGUCGGAUCCAGUUCUCAAUGAUGGUCAGGGUGGGGGUGACCAGUCUAAGAAAGAUGUUCUUGAUGGAGUCAGGAAGAGGUUUAUAGAGAAGGUUGUGACAGCGCGCGAAGAUGAUGACGGAUCUUCAAGUGAUUAGACUAGGACUUUUUCUCCCUUGUCUUGGACAGUUUAUUUCUUUUUUAUCUCCUUUAGGUUAUCUGUCAACUUAAGGUUUUGGUUUGCAACUAUGGAGAUAUUGUCUGAUAAUUUCCCCAUUAUUAUGCUUUAGUUUAGUUUUGUGGCAGGGUAUUCCAGAUCUUGAUGUGCUUGUUCCAUUUGGCUCUCAUGUACUUUUCAUUCUAGUUGCAAUGAAAAAUUAUUUUGUUUGUGGUGCUGUUUUAAA